AUGUCAGGUCCUGUCUUCGCUCAUCAUUUUGACCAUUCUGCUUUCAAAGGGAAAGUUGAGGUACCUAUCGGAGUCUUCGUCAAUGGCCAGUGGGGUACUUCAGCGGAUAAGAAUGCAAAGACCAUUGAUGUCAUCAAUCCUACCACUGGAGAAACUCUCGUAUCUAUUCCCGAGGGAAUGCCAGCGGAUGUGGAUCUAGCUGUCAAAGCAGCACACAAAGCCUUCGAAACCACUUGGGGACUUAAUUGUGAUGGACCCACUAGGGGAAAAUAUCUUCUCAAAUUAGCAACUCUGAUAGAACGUGAUUUGGAUAUAUUGGCAAGUCUUGAAGCUCUUGAUAAUGGCAAGACUUUCACAGCUGCAAAAGCUUUUGAUGUGACCGAGUCAGCAGCUACAUUCCGAUACUACGGCGGAUGGGCAGAUAAAAUCGAGGGCAAGGUUUUGGAGGUAGUACCUACCAAAUUCGUGUAUACUCGACAUGAACCCGUUGGUGUUUGUGGACAAAUUAUUCCCUGGAACUUCCCCCUUUACAUGUUCUCUUGGAAAGUGGCUCCAGCUCUUGCGACGGGCUGUACUAUUGUCAUCAAACCUUCGGAGCUCACUCCGUUGACGGCUAUGUAUAUGACGAAGCUCAUCAAAGAGUCUGGGAUUCCAGACGGGGUGGUGAAUGUUAUCACGGGAUACGGCCCCACAGUCGGGAAUGCCAUCGCCUCUCAUCCUGGAGUAGACAAGGUAGCUUUCACCGGUUCAACACCCGUCGGUCGAAAAGUCAUGGAAGAGGCUUCGAAGUCCAAUAUCAAGAAGGUGACUCUGGAGCUGGGAGGAAAAGGGGCCAACAUCAUCUUUGACGAUUGCGAUUUUGAAGAGGCGGUCAAGUAUGCUGCCCAGGGUAUCUUUUUCAAUCACGGACAAACUUGCUGCGCCGGCUCGAGGCUAUUCGUCCAGAAGGGCAUCUACGACAAGUUCAUUCAGCGAUUCCAGGAGGCGACCUCACGAAUCAAAGUCGGCGACCCCUUUGACCCCGAUUCGUAUCAAGGGCCGCAAGUCUCUCAAGUACAAUAUGACCGAAUCAUGCACUACGUCGAAUGCGGUAAACAAGAGGGCGCCAAGGUUCUCCAUGGUGGACAACGGGUCGGCAAAGCUGGCUUCUUCAUUGAACCGACCGUUUUUGGCGAUGUCACUUCCAACAUGAAAAUUGCACGAGAAGAGAUCUUUGGACCGGUUAUCGUUGUUACCGCCUUCGAUACAGAGGAAGAAGUCAUCGCUGCUGCGAAUGAUACAACAUACGGUCUUGCUUCCGGUGUCUUCACUCAGGAUCUUAGUCGAGCUCAUCGUGUUUCAGCAUUGUUAAAAGCAGGGACUGUAUGGGUGAAUUGUUAUAAUGAGCUGCACCCGCAAGUCCCAUUCGGUGGUUUUAGGGAGUCAGGUAUCGGUAGGGAAUGUGGACCAUACGCAUUGGAGAAUUAUACCGAGAUCAAGGCUGUCCAAAUCAACCUCAGUGCGAAAUGCGCUAUGCCCAUUUGA